AUGAGGGAUACGGGAAUUCCCAGCAGCCGGCGCCCCGCGUCGGAUGUCGCCUCCUCCAUCAUGGACGACCGGGCUUCCAGCGUCUCCCGCGCCUCCAACAUCUCCAGGGCCAUGUCCUAUGCCAGCACCGCCGCUACUACCGUGAGCAUCUCGGGCGAGAUCUCGAGCCAGCUUCACGGGGGCUACCACCACCCCCUUGCACGACAAUGGCAGGCCGAGCGACAGCUCACCAAGGACAUGCUCAUCUACCCCAUCUUCGUUUCCGAUAUUGACGAUGAGGAGGUCCUCAUCCCCUCCCUUCCGAACCAAUGCCGCCGCGGUAUCAACCGCCUUAUUCCCUUCCUCGAGCCCCUCGUCCACAAGGGUUUGAAGUCAGUCAUGCUAUUUGGUGUACCGAUGAAGCCUGGAAGCAAGGAUGCCCUCGGUACCUCGGCCGACGACCCGGAAGGCCCCGUUAUCAAGUCGAUCCGUCUCCUUCGUCAGCGGUUCCCCCAACUCUUCAUCUGCACCGAUGUCUGCCUUUGCGAGUAUACCACCCACGGCCACUGCGGCAUUCUCCGAGAGGAUGGCACCCUCAAUAACCAGCUUUCCGUGGAUCGCAUCUCCGAUGUCGCGAUGGCAUAUGCUGCGGCCGGAGCCCACUGCGUUGCGCCGUCCGAUAUGAACGACGGACGAAUCCGGGCCAUCAAGUUGAAGCUCAUCGACCAAGGAAUCUCUCACAAAACUCUCCUCAUGUCUUACUCGGCGAAGUUCUCCGGAUGUCUGUAUGGCCCCUUCCGCGAUGCGGCUGGCUCGGCACCCGCCUUCGGUGAUAGGAGGUGCUACCAGCUUCCCCCCAGCGGACGGGGGAUUGCUCGCCGAGCCAUUGUUCGAGAUAUCAACGAGGGCGCCGACAUCAUCAUGGUCAAGCCCGCCGGCCAAUUCCUCGACGUCAUCAGCGACGCCAAGGACUUGGGUCGGGACUUGCCCAUUGCAGCCUACCAGGUCAGCGGCGAGUUUGCCAUGAUCCAUGCCGGUGCUAAGGCCGGCGUCUUCGACCUCAAGAGCAUGGCCUUUGAGUCGUCGGAGAGCAUCCUCAGGGCAGGAGCGACCAUCAUCGUCAGUUACUUUACUCCCGAGUUCCUUGACUGGCUCUAG